CAUGUAUAUAUAUAUAUAUUAUAUCUAGAAGCAAUAUAUAGUAAGUGUAUAGGAUUUUUAUAAAACUGGCGACACAAUGUCCGUGGACUUUAUGCUGCCCAAUCGCAACAAGAUACAAACGAUUGCGUAUGCGAGCAAGAAAUAUGCCAGUGUUGCUGCCGAAAUACAAAGUUGGCGACGUCCCAAACCGAAGUCAAAGCCGAGAACGAAGCCGAAGACAAACGGACAUCAGCAGCUGCUGCCGCAGCAACAGCUACGAAAACUGAGGCCAACUGAGAAGCUGGCAGUGUUGCGCAAUGCCAAUAACAACAAUAAUAAUAAUAACAACACUAAGCUGAGCUUCAGAUCUAACGGCAAACGAGGCACCAGAGUUGCCCUCAAGCGUGAAUUAAUCGAGCUGGGAAAUGAGGUUGUGCCGGAGUCGGAGGCUGAGGCGGAGACGGAGGAUGAUAAUAAUCCGCCGGACGAGCAUUUGGAAUGGUCGGCGGCACAGUCGCUGGUCCAAAUGAACUCCAAGCAGGAGAAACAAAGACGACUGGGCGCAACCGGAACAGAAAUGGGAGCAGGAGCAGGAGCAACAGGAGCUAUAACUGCAACAGGAGCUGGAGUUGGAGGAGGAGGAGCAACAGGAGCAGCUGCAGGAGGAGCAACAAGCAAACCCGUAUCAACAGCCGCAGUAUCGAUGCGCCGUCCAGUGGCCUUUGGUCGCGCCCCCGCCGAGGAUGGCAAGGUGAUUUUCUAUGCUCCGCCCGCAAGUGCAAACGGCGCCCCUCGCCAGCCCCAGCCAAUGGCCAUAAAGCGUGAGCGCGAAAGGGAACGGGAAAGAGAAAGAGAAAGGGAUCGGGAAAGGGAACGGGAACGGGAACGGGAAAGAGAACUGGAAGUGGAACGUGAGAGAGCAAGGGAACUGCAAGUGGAACGUGAGCAGCAACAGGUGGCCAUUUAUCGCGGACGCAGCGUUGAGGAGACGGAAGCGGCACACGAUCUGCUCUCGCUCUCGCAGAGCUUGCCACCGUUGAUACCACCCUGUGUGGUGACAAUAAUGAGGCAAGAGUUGAGCACGAAACAGUUGCAGCUGCAACAGCAGCAACAAUUGUCCAGCGGUAGCAGCAUGCAAGAAAUAUGCAACAGCAGUCAAGCAAAAUCCACUGGCAGUGGUGGCAACAUCAGAUUUAUUGGCAGCACCUCUUACGAUUUGUUGCCACAUGCCACACAGGAGCAUAGCAAUAAUAACAAUAAUCAUAACAAUAACAAUAACACAAAUUGUUCGCCGUUGACGCCGCCCAAUUCCGAUCACAGUUCCGAUGUGGACAUCGAUAUAUCCUCCUCCUCUGAGUCGGGGCAGUUGCACUGGCACAAGCAGUCGCCGCAGUUGCUACAACAGCAGCAGCAGCAGCAACGUGCCUCCAGCUUGAAGCUCUGCCUUAACAUGCUCGAUGGCCGCACCAAGGCCAGCAAAGCGGCAGCCAGCAAGGAUAACAACAAAGAGCAGCAGCAGCAGCAACAGCAGCAGUCGAGAGGCAAGUGCAACAGCGAGGCAGUUGCCAGUGGGGCAACAGUUGCUGCUACUGUUGGCGAGAAUUAUGCGAAGCGCAAGCGCGGCUGCUACAAGUGCUCCGAGUGUGGCAAGCAAUAUGCCACAUCCAGCAAUUUGUCGCGCCACAAACAGACGCAUCGCUCACUGGACUCCCAAUCGGCCAAGAAGUGCAUCAGUUGUGGCAAGGCCUAUGUUUCCAUGCCCGCUUUGGCCAUGCAUCUGUUGACGCACAAACUUUCGCACAGCUGCGAAAUAUGUGGCAAGUUAUUCUCCCGCCCCUGGCUGCUGCAGGGGCAUCUGCGCUCGCAUACCGGCGAGAAGCCCUACGCUUGUGUCCAUUGUGGCAAGGCUUUUGCUGAUCGCUCCAAUUUAAGGGCCCACAUGCAGACCCAUUCGGGGGAUAAGAAUUUCAAGUGUCAUCGUUGCAACAAAACUUUUGCCCUCAAAUCGUAUCUCAAUAAACAUUUGGAGUCUGCUUGCCUUAGGGAUGUGGGCGCCAUUCCCAGCAGCAAGGAUGACAACAACGAGGAGGAGGAUGAAGAGGACGAGGAGGAGCAGGAGGAGGAGCAGGAUCAGGAGCAGGAUCAGCAGCUGCUGGACGAUGAGCUGGACAGCGAUGAGAAUAGUCAGGAUAUUGUCGUUGCCUAAAUAAAUAAUAAAUAAAAAAUAAAAAACUUACACUUAAAAAAUACAAACAAAGAAAAAACCUAUAAGCAAUACUCGAGCACCCUUAACAAAUUAAAAAAAAAAAGAAAAAAGAAAUCAAGUCAACUAGCAGCUUACAUAAAGUGUAGUCAUUUUGAGCAAUGGAAUUUUAGGAUCAAAGAAAAUGAUGAUGAUGCCAUAGAUCUCAAUAGCAGUUAUACUACAUAUAUACAUCAUAUAUUAUCUGAUUAUUAUUAUUAUUAUUAUGAUUUCCAUCCGAACUUUACCACGGGCAUUUUUAUUGAAUGAAUAGCAAUGGAAACAAAAGCAACAAGAAACAACUUAAAACAAAAGGUUUAAAAUGGAAUCCAAAAAAAUGGUAACUUAUAGUAAAAAUCUGACACAACGAAUAUUAUGGAA